GCAUCAGUCUGUGAACAUUGCUCUGGAAAUUCCGAAGGAUUCACUCCCUCAUCGUUUCCAUCGCUUACCACUUGUCAAGCCGUUCAUGAACAUUGGUUGUGCACGAUCCGAAAUCCUCAUAUUCCGAAUCCUACAGUAAUUCAGAGUGUUUCAGACUACUCCACUGGUUGAAUUUUGGAGUAAAGAAGUCACCAUCUUCUAUUUGCUGAGAUGGUGAUGGCAAUGGAAAGGAGGAAGGUUGCAGAUAUGCUCAAUUUCUUUCGCGGUGAGAGAACUCGAGUCCAGCUUGCUCUCAUCACCGUGCAAUUGGGCUACGGUGUCUAUUAUGUCUUGACCAAAGCUGCCAUGAGUGAAGGCGUGAACCGGUUCGUCUUUGCUGUGUACCGAGACGCGAUCGCCCUGUGCCUCCUGGUGCCACUUGCAUUCUUCUCAGAGAGAAAUCUGCGAACUCCUUUCACAGUUCCCGUUUGCUUGUUAAUCGUGGCGUUGGGAUUCACGGGAAUAUUUCUGCAGCAGACGCUGUUCCUGGCAGGACUCGCGUACACCAACACGGCAUUCGCAGCUGCAAUGCAGAAUGCCAUUCCCGUCUUCACGUUCAUGAUUGCUGUGGUGUGCAAGUUCGAGGUGAUUCGCUUGAACAAGCCUGACGGAAUGGCCAAAGUCGUUGGCAUCUGCUCGGCCGUGGUGGGGGCUUUCACAAUGUGUCUCUACAAGGGACCGACUCUGUUCGGCACGGACUCAUCGUCGCAGCAGGAGCAGGCAGCUGAGGUCGUGGCCCAGACUGGUGCAAAUAAUUGGUUGGCGUCCACUUUGCUGAGCUAUGGGGUGGACUACUGGCAGAUGGGCGCUCUGUGCCUGGUGGCGAAUUGCUUGUGCAUGGGCAUUUACACCAAUCUGCAGAUCCCGGCCCUGAAGAGAUUCCCAGCUCCGGUGUCGCUGUCGGCUUCUUCGAUCUUCGUCGGGGCCAUGUUCUUGCUGAUCACGGGUCUAUCGAGCGUUUCGGAAGCGUCUGAGUGGAUUCUGCACUCUCCCGGGACGAUCGUGUCUGUGGUGUACGCUGGUGCUGUGGCUUCGGGACUGAACUUCUCUCUGCAGACGUGGGCAAAUCAGCGCGGAGGUCCUGUGCUGGUGGCGGCGUACAUUCCUCUGCAGACUGUGUUCUCUGCAUUUCUGGGAGUGGUGAUUCUGGAUGAUCCUCUGUACUUGGGCAGCGUGAUUGGAGCUGUGCUGAUUCUGAUGGGUCUGUAUUUGGUAAUCUGGGGCCAGCGGCUGCACAGGCUGGCGAAAGAGAGAGAAUGUCUUGGAAUGCCAUUUGAGGGAGUGGAGGAUGAUAUCAAGGUACCUCUACUCCAAAAUCAGGCAGAGGAUAGCUCAUAUGGCACCAUUCGAAGGUGAUCUAGACGUGUCGGGCUCUUGAAUUUCGAAAUUUAGAUUAGAUUCCCCUUUCAUACCAGUGCAAUUGCUGGAGAUUGACAUUUGACUACAAAUUUCUUGGAGGAUCGACAAAUUCUCGCCACCGCAAUAGAACAGACUCAGUAGGGGAUAGAAACACAUACCAUCAAUCUUCACUAUAUAAUUUGUAUAUACGAGUAAUC